ACAAACAAGCUGACAAAAACUCACGUCCAACACUUGACACCAUCUACACUACACAUUAGUGCGAGCGACCCUUGUUUUGUUCCUUCCACCACCACUCCACCACCCAUCUCCGCCGUCACCACCACCAAUGUUGCCGUACAAAACCAUCGGAGAUGCAUCCGCCGCCAUCGGCCGCCCCCUCACCGCCGCAGAAACACUCUGGUUCAAUUACUCCGCCACCAAAUCCGACUACUUUCUCUACUGCCACAACAUUCUCUUCCUCUUCCUCGUCUUCACCCUCUUCCCUCUCUCCUACAUUCUCCUCGAGCUCUUCUUCCACAAGAAAACCCACAAAUUCAAAAUCCAACCCAAAGUCAACCUCUCUUUCUCCCAAACACUCCGUUGCUACUUCGACGUAAUGCGCAUGUUCUUCCUCGUCGUUGGCCCUCUCCAACUUCUCUCCUUCCCUUCCAUCAAAAUGAUUGGGAUUAGGACGAGCUUGCCGUUGCCUUCAUUAGCAGAAAUUGUGGCUCAAUUGGUGAUUUACUUUGUAAUUGAGGACUAUACCAAUUACUGGAUGCAUAGAUUUCUUCAUUGUAAAUGGGGGUAUGAGAAGAUUCACAGGGUUCACCACGAGUAUACUGCGCCGAUUGGGUUUGCAGCGCCGUAUGCUCACUGGGCAGAGGUUUUGAUCCUCGGGAUUCCAUCGUUUCUUGGGCCCGCCAUUGUCCCGGGACACAUGAUCACCUUCUGGUUGUGGAUUGUUUUGAGGCAGAUUGAGGCCAUUGAGACUCACAGUGGGUAUGACCUCCCUUGGAAUCCCAUAAAAUAUAUUCCAUUUUAUGGUGGUGCAGAAUACCAUGAUUACCAUCAUUAUGUUGGAGGACAAAGCCAGAGCAACUUUGCAUCCGUGUUCACCUACUGUGAUUACAUCUAUGAAACUGAUAAGGGCUACCGGUAUCAAAAGAGGCUCCUCAAGCAGUUGAAAGAGGGAGCCAAAACGAGUGGGCUACAAAAUGGAGGCUCACAAAACAUGUCUACUGUAGAUCUUAAGUCAGACUAGCCGUGGAACUUCAUGACCGUUUUGCUUGUUCUGGUAUGCUUCUCACUAGUGAUUACUCUUGGAACCUCGUGGUCAAGUUGACUCAUUCGUUGUUCUUUCUACGCGAGUCUGGUAAUUAAGAAAUCUUUAGCAGUUCAGGUGGUGGGGGAUUAACUGGGGGUGCUUUGAAAUUGUGCUCGUGUGUAGUUUGAAGUCAGGAUUUUAAAAAUUCAAUGUCUAGAUUUAGAAACUAUUUCUGUAGCUUGAGUUAAAAAUGUCAGUGAUGAAUCCUUGCUGUGGUUUUUGAGCUAUUAUCAGUUUCACUUUUUUUAAUGUUAACAG